AUGUCUCAAGCAAGACGGCGGGUUUCAUACAUCAUUCCUUCGCCAACGGAACCCGUCCCCCGACUUCAACUUCCACCUCAUGGGAUCUCACGAUUGGGCGCGACCGGGCCACUCUUGGUUCCUUUCGAGCGAGACCACCAUCGGACACACGAGGACACCCCUAAGCACCCCAAGCAGCCGCGUCAUCGCCUAGGUGUAGCAUCUCUCGCCCUCGACUGUUCAACGCAACUCAUUGGAAGAAGCUCGCCCCAGGGUAUCCUGUAUUCCGGAGGACGAGAUGGCCUGGUAAUGUCGUGGGAUAUCGGGGUGUCGAUGAAGAAGAGGGAGAACGCGAAGCCUCGCUUGAAGAAGGGGCGAUGGGAGGUGCUGACUGGCUGGGGCGACGAUGCUAUCGAGGAGGAGACAGACGAUGGCGACGAGCGACUGGCCAGCGAUGGCGACGUGUUGGGCGAGGUGACCACGAGCCUAAGCAAACGACGACGCGCUGCAAGCAUGGCCGCCGACAUUCCCCACGAACAUCAAUGGCAAACGGAUUUAACUACAUUUGAACGGGGCACGCCUAGCCAGUUUAGACAAUGUGCGCAGGCGCAUACAGACUGGGUCAACGACAUUCUGCUGUGCAACUACAAUCAAACAGUCGUCUCUGCAUCGUCUGAUGGAACCGUGAAGGCUUGGAACCCGCACGCUCUGACGCCGACAGAUCCCUCGACUAUCGGAACGCACAGUGACUACGUUCGCUGCUUGACACAUUGUCGUGAGCAGAACUGGAUAGCUUCUGGGUCAUUUGAUCGUACCAUAAAGUUAUGGGAUCUUAGUCGCAAGAACACGGAUCCCCUUGUCACUUUAAAUCCACCUGAUGCCACAGCACCCAAGUCAUCUGUGUACGCUUUAGCAGCGGACCCGUUCGGUCAGAUGAUUGCUUCAGGAUCGCCAGAACGUGUUGUUCGGUUAUGGGAUCCCCGUACGGGCAAACGAACUGGAAAGCUGGUUGGACAUACCGACAACAUCAGGGCGAUUCUAGUCUCAGAAGACGCGAAAUAUCUCUUGACAGGCUCCGCGGACGCAUCCAUCAAGCUCUGGUCUUUGACAUCGCAGCGAUGUUUGCAUACUUUCACGCAUCAUACAGAGUCUGUUUGGUCUCUGUUCUCAGAUCAUCCUUCUUUAGAAGUGUUCUACUCUGGAGAUAGGUCAGGUUUGGUAUGUCGGGUGGAUGUGGAAGACUCGCCCGACCUUUCGGAGGGCGAGUGCAUCCUGCUCUGCAACGACUCCACAGAGCUAUCUCGCCCUUCGUCAGAAGGCAUCAACCAGAUAGUGGUCAUGGACAACAAUCUGCUAUGGACUGCAAGUGGGACGUCCACCAUCAGACGGUGGAAUAUACCUCAACCUCGUAGCCAUCGUCUACAUAUGCCACCCAUCCUUGAAGAUGACGCCGGAAGGCCCCCUUGCUCGAACUCACCCCCACCAUUUAGACGGCGCGUCCCGGACCUGUCGUCAGAAGCGAGCACGCGACCGUCGACGGGACACGAUCCGGCUCGAAGGUUGUCCUUCGCCCCUUCCGUCCAGUCCAUAACCUCCGAGCAUUGGAGGGACCACGACAUGGAGACGAAGCUCAAUGGCAUCCCGUACGACAGCCUUGUCAAGCUCGUUUCCCCCAACGACCCCUUCAGCUCAUUCACCACCAGCCACACGCGCGACCCUGAGGUGGCGACGCUGUACUCCGCCGCCUCCGUCAUGUCCGUUCCCCGCCAGAGCGUCCGCCCACCCGGCCCAGGCGCCUUCCAGCCCUCUGCGAUGACGAGCCCAAUCUACAGCUCGCGGACAGAGGAGACCGUCUUCGUCACCAAUACCGCGCGGGCCAACUACGAGGAACGUGAGCUCGCGGCUGACGCGUUGCCGUUCUGUACCGAGCCGGACGAUGUCAUCCUGGGUGACCAUGGGCUCGUGCGGUCGAUCAUCCUCAACGAUAGGGUCAAUGCGCUCACGGUGGACACGGCUGGCGAGGUCGCUAUGUGGGACAUUGUAAGGGGGACUUGCUUGGGGCGGUACUUUCCGGAAGACGUCGCUGCUGCGAGCCACGCGGGCAGCACCACUGGCGGGAGCGGUGAGAAGGAGCGCAGCCCCCGUGAGGCGCUGGAGGCAGUCCGCGAGAGGAUCGAGGGUGAGGCUGUUGUCUCGACGUGGUGCGCGGCUGAUACCAAAGCGGGAGUCCUAACGAUACAUCUGACCGAACGAUGCUUUGAGGCUGAAGUCUAUGCCGAUGAGGUUGGUUUCGUUAACGAUCCCCAUUUCAAUGACGAGUCGAAACUUAACAUCGGGAAGUGGGUCUUGAAGAACCUUUUCAUCGGUUUCAUCCGUGAAGAAAUGCGGCUGCACCCGUCUAAGGAUGGCCGAAGCCUCAGCCGGCCAUCCAGCCACGAUAAUAUCCUCCAGAAACCCUCACAUCGGUCGUCCUCUCCUGAACUACGGCGCAAGCAUCAUAAAUUAACCCCGAGCAACACCACUGUCAUAUGUUCCUCAGGCAUGAUCCCUGCGAUACCUCCGAACGUGCCCUCUGUGGUCCGCUCGUCGCCAUUACUCACCCCGAUGAUACCGCUACACCCCCAAACACGCGACACCCUCUCCGUUCUUCCUUCAAUACCCCAAUCACCAGCAGUGGCUGCUGAUGCUACACCGAUCCCUGGCCCCCACCAGCGCGGCCGUUCUGGCACAGUAGACGGGUCGACCGUCGUCUCGCCGCUGACCGGCAAAGACGACUAUUUCUCAGUUAGAAUGCGCCAGACGACAAUACAAAGUGGUCCUCCCGUGUCUCCCGACGAAUCGUCUGGUCCCAAUAAGGCGGAACCGCAAACCCCCAGCACCCCGGGUGGGUUGAUCAGUAGGUUGAAGAACUUCGGCAAGAUCACGAAGCGCCCGGUUAGCGAUACCCCUAAUCUGGCUGCUUUGGCGACACCAACCCCCGAGACACCUACCAUAUCCGAGGGAACGACUACUUUGAUAGAAGUCACGAAAACCCCCCUCCAAAAGCUCCUCUCCGAACCGUUGAGCCCUCCCUCUUCUGCCGAUGCACCGCUGCACGCCAUGCCGCCCAACACCACCGUCUUGAUUUCAGUAGAAGCUCCCCCCAGUUAUACAACGAUCUACAGAGGUAUUGUAUCGAACACCCAUAAUGACGUAGAGGCCCUGGAAGAGGCCAUGCCAAUGUGGCUUGUCGAGUAUCUGCUCACGAACCAGAUACCGCCGUCGGCGCCACCGGCGAAGAUUAGUUUCGUCCUCGUUCCUUGGAAUAAGGAUCCGGAUGUGGAACCGCUUCCCGAGUUAUUAAAUACUUCACAAACUAAAUUAACGGCAAGCCGUUAUUUGCGGGUUCGCAAGAUCAUCAACCACGUUCAAGAUAAGCUUGAAAGAAUGUCCACUGGAUCCAGGGCAGGCUCGAUUCGGUCCUCAGUCGAAGGCCAACCAGUUGCUGCCUUUAGACCGCGAGCGGAAGACGCCUACGAAGUCCUUUGUAACGAAACCCUCUUGUCGCUCGAGAUGACGCUCGCCGCAGUCCGACAGCGCCUAUCGCAUAUUUGGUGGGAACAAAGCUGCUUCACCCGCCCACGCUCUCUUAUUGCUACCCUCAAACACGACAGUCGUCUGCAAACUGCCCACCUGCCUACCAUGAUCCAAGAUGGCCGCGACCACGCCGACCAUGACUCCCAACCCGCCGACUCCGCGCCGCCCUACGAAGUCCCUCCAACUCCUCGUCACGUCGUCAUAUUCGGCGAGUCAGGCGCUGGGAAAAGCUCUGUGUUGAACAUGGUCCUCGGACGUUCAGCAGCCGCUAUCUCCAAUGGAUCCCUCGAGGAGGGGAUCAGCCUCCUCGUGUUCUGCAUCCGCGCACCGAGGAUCAAGAAUGCGAAGUACAACUGGACAAUGUUUUAUGAGAUCAUCUGUCAGCGGCGAGUCGACAUCGCGAUCGUGGUGACCGGCCUUGAGAACGAGGAGAAUAUGGACCGAUGGUGGGACCAGAAUCGCGAGGACUUCCGUCGGUGCGGUAUGAUGCCUCACGCACAUGCUUGCAUCACCGCUAUCCGAGGGAAGGAAAGGCCGAGCGGGAAGCGUACCUUUCAGGAGGAGUACGACGAGUCCAAGGCCAAAGUCGAGACCAUGAUCAAGAGCAGCUACAUGGAGCAGCCUUGGCGCCUGGAGAGAGUCGAGUGGUUUGGAAGGAUCGUAUAUGAUACGACGUACAAGUCGAGAUUGUGCAGAAAACCGAAGGAGAUCAAGAAGGCUGUGCAGGUAACGCAAGCGGCGAUCGAGGAGCUCGUGAAAAAAUGUGGGAUGUCGAAGGAACAAGCAGAGGAGCUGGACAAAAAAUUAGAAAAAGUUGGAAAGCAGAUGAACUCUACAACAUUGAUUUCUCAUGAGCACGGCAGCGCGAUGAAGCAUGCUGUCACUGCCACCGUCGUCUUCACUGCAAACGGGAAUAAGUAG